AUGUCCUCACCAGCCUACACCCUCGUCGUGCACCUCUACGCCAAAGCAGGCUCCGAGAACAUCCAGAAACUCUCCGCCAAACUCCAGGAAGCCAGUCAAGUCUACAGCAAAGAUAAGGAAUGUCUCGGAUGGUGCGUAUAGCAAUAACACGACACAUGUUCGUACCUUUCGAAUUGAUUUGCCGACGAAAAACAAAAAUGAUUCAGGUUCGUCAUGCAAGACCAUCAAGAUCCCCGGGCUUUCACCAUCGUGGAACGCUAUGCGCACGAGAGUAGCCAGAAGUACGUAUCAUAUCAUAUCGUCGGACCCCUUCCCCCCUGAUCUUUGUUUUGGCGCCAACGUAUGACCUGACCUCUUGAAGUUUUCUUUCUAAUCAUGGAGUGUGUGUCCCAAUAUAGGUAUCAUCUGGAAAACCCCUACUGGCAGACGUUCGAUCCAUACGUGAUUCCCUUGCUGGACAGGCCGAUGGAUCUGCGCCGUUUCAAUGAGCUCGAUACGAGUAAGGAAGUCAAGGUGGAGCAGGAUGCUCAGCUGUGGGAGAAGGUGAAGAAGCAUCAGACGUAUUAG